AUGUAUAUUGAUAGAUCAACGAAAACGAACGCCUCGGAAUCUACUUCGGCCACUGUCACAGUAGAAAGCUCAGUAGAGCAUGCAAAACGCGCGUUUGCAUUGAAAAAAUACGAGCAAGCUAUCGAUCACUAUGCCACUGCCCUUGAACUCGCUACCAAACAGCUCGGCGAGGACGCACCUGAAGUCGCAGACCUCUACUUCGCUUACGGAAAAGCUCUUCUGGAGAACGCAAUUGCCCAGAGUACUGUGUUAGGGAAGGAACAGCCAGAGGAGGCAAUCGAAGAGCAGAACAAAGCUUCAGGCUCUGGAUCAAACAAAAAUGGCCCUAUUCUAUCAUUUUCGGGAGAUGCGGAUGAUGCAGGAGAUGACGAAGACCACCCUAUUGACCUUUUUGGAAAGGCAGCUGCAGGACAGGAUGAAGAAGAAGAAGAAGAAGGAGAUGAAGAGGAUGAUGGAGAGCCUGAAGACGACUUUAAUGCUGCAUGGGAAGUGCUUGAUCUCGCUCGUGCCAUCUAUGACAAGCAAAAGAAUGAUGAAGACGACGAUGAAGUAAAGCUCAAGUUGGCCGAUACCUACAUCGCACUCGGAGAUGUAUCGCUAGAGACCGAGAAGUUUGACCAGGCAAUUUCAGAUUAUGAGGCCGGUCUCGAACUGAAGGUUGCCCUGUUGCCCGGUUCAUCUCGCCAGAUUGCGGAAGCCCAUUAUAAACUGAGUAUGGUCUUGGAUUUGACGUCUGGUCGUUUGUCCGAUGCUAUCGCGCACGCCGAAAAGGCGCAACAGAGCGUGGAGGACAGGCUGGUAGAACUUAAGAACGGUUUGGCAGGCACGCUCCCUCCUCUGCCAGAAGAAACCCUCGACUCCAAAGGAAAAGGCAAAUCUUCGCAAAAACGUCUCAUUCGCGAUGAUUAUGUCCAGAAGAUGACGACUUCGCAUAUUGAAAGCGAGAUCAAAGAGUUGUCUGGAUUGAGGGAUGAUUUGGCACUCAAAGUGGAAGAAUUGAAGACUUCGCCGAACGAAUCCUUAUCGGCUUCUGCUCCUGCUUUGGCGGCGCAACAGUUGGACCGAGAACUCAACGGUACAUCAUCGUCAUCUGCACCCAUUGUCGUCAAUGACUUGAGUUCAAUGGUCAAGAAAAAGAAGAAAGCUCCCGUGGAGGAUGUCGCUGCUACAAAGCGCAAAGCUGAGAGCGAGCCGGAGCCACUUAAUGUCGAUAAAAAGGCUAGGUUAGAAGAACCAAGCUCAUGA